CAAAGACCUCAUCCAAAUACCACUCCUCAAACCCAUAAAACCCAGCUACAAAGUAACCGCCAACAGGUUUCUCAAUCCAACCGGCUGCGGCUCUCAACUGGUCCCUCCAACUCCCCCACACUCGCACCACUAUAAAUACCGAUAGAUUCCUUCACUUUCCUAAAAUCAGCAGAAAGUCCAAAGACACUGUACUUCUUAUACUGAAAACUAAUCAUUCGUCGUUUUGAGGUCCUGAAUUUGGAUUAUUUUAGACCGUCGAUCAAACAAAGGAUGGCAGAGGUGGCAGCAAAGGAACGGAAGAUAUUAGUCGCCGUUGAUGAGAGUGAAGAGAGCACUUACGCUCUUUCAUGGUGCAUAGAGAACAUAAUCACCGGAAAUUCCACUGAUACCCUUAUCCUUCUCUACUCAAUUCCACCGCGAGCUGUUUACUCUUCCUUGGACGGAUCAGGUGAGAAAGAUAGCCCUGAAGGGUAUUUGUUUUCAUCUGAUAUAUUGGCGAGCAUGGAGAGGUACAGCAACGAAGUAGCACAGUGUAUUAUGGAGAAAGCGAAACGAGCCUGCAAGGACUUGGUUGGGGUUAAGGUGGAGACGAUAGUCGAACAUGGAGAUGCAAGGGACGUGAUUUGUCAGGCGGCGGAGAAGUUACAUGUUGACAUGCUCGUCAUGGGAAGCCAUGGUUAUGGUGUUAUCAAGAG